AUGGAAGCAAAGUCUUCCAGCAUUAGUGGACAGUUUAGGUCAGUUGUUGCUGUCAGUUUGUCCUUUGCUAGCUUCGUGUCAUUGCUAGUCUUCAUUACACGUCGUCUACCAUCACUACCUGAGGAACACUGGGAGCAUGUGAAAUUCCCUCAAAAUGUGAACGAUCUAAAAAACAUUGGUCUUGUCUUAUCAGAAUAUCAAGAUAAUUACUACUGGCAAAUACUGAUUUUGAUAUCUGCAGUUUUCAUAUUUCUACAAUCAUUUAUGAUACCAGGCUCCGUUUUAUGCGUUGUUCUGUUGGGUUAUUUAUUUCCUUUCCAUGUAGCUCUCAUCAUUGUAGCAUUGUGUUCAGCCAUUGGUGCGUCUCUGUGUUAUCUUCUUGUUGGAUUUAUCGGUUCUAAAGUUAUAACACACUUAUUUCCUGAGAAAAUUGAAAUAUGUCGCCAAACUAUUCAUCAGUAUCGAAAUGCAAUGUUUUUAUGCAUAUGCUGUUUGAGGAUAUGUCCUUUUAUCCCUAACUGGCUUGUAAAUGUAUCUUCACCAAUCAUUGAUAUUCCACUGGUCCACUUCUUCUUUGGUACAUUCGUGGGAGUAGUUCCCCUCUCCUUGGUGUUCAUUAAAGCUGGGACAGUACUCCAAGAGCUUACAGAUUUGGGUGUAGCUUCCUUGACGUCAUUUUCAACACUACUUGUACUAGCCGGCUUAUCAAUUCUGCCAUUAGUCUUUCGAAAUCAGUUGCGUGGAGCUCUUUUAUAAAGGUGCAGAACAUUCUUGGCAUUUCCGACAGUAAUUUGUGCAAUCUUCCUUGUGACAUUGUGUAAUUUUUCUUCAGGAAAAGAAAAUGCUUGAAAAGAUUAUUUAUUACUAAUAAUAUCAAUAUUAUUGUAUAAAUAUCUGUGAAUCUGUGAAUUUUUGUUGUUAAUUUUAUUCAUAAGUGUAUAAUUUGUUUUCUUUCAACACAAAAGCAUAAUUAGAGAAAAGUUUUAUGGUUCCUUAUUUCCACUUGAUUUGUACAAACAAUGAUUUCUUGAAGUGUUUGAAUAUUAUCAUAUUAUAUAUUCUGAUAAUGGUUAUAAUCAAGCCAAUGGUCGUUGGGGGGUGAUUACUGGCUUCCCAGUCUUGUAUAAUCUUUUAAGUUUCAUUUGCAUAGAAAUGGUCUCA